AUGAGCAAUCCUCGUGAUCCUUCGCGCCUGCGGCAAGGGCUCAAUCCUCUCUUGACCACCUCCCUCGGUGGCUAUCAUCAGAGCGCUGCACCAUUGUCUGCUGUUUCACUGAGCUCGACAAGCCACCUUCAAUCGGCACAGCCCACACCCACCACCGGAAGUGCCAUACAGCCCUACAACCCUCAGGAAUGGAUUGCUUCGCCAGCAGCUGGGCCCGAACGAACGCACCAGUUUCCCGAAACUCAAAGUGGUACACAUCCUUUCACCUCGUUGCUGUGGGCACGAGUCCCUUGUCGCAGGUCAACCGCAGAACUGACAAUUCAAUUAGUAUCCCCUCCGCCCCCGCCUCCGUAUAGCCCGCCUUGGAACCAGCGCCCAGUGAGCAGCGUGUUCGAGUCUUCUCCAGCAGCCAACACCUCGGCCGCCAGGGUGCCUCCAAGCAAUGUUCAUCGCCCGUCGCCAGAACCUGUUGCAAACACGUCGUUCCCUCCUCCGCCUGGGGCCAACGGCCGAGGCGGUUCGCGAGAGAGACGAUUCGGUCUCUCAUCGUUGCGAAGACACAAGGAAGCACAUGAACAGCCUAGCCCUCCCGAUCCCAUGCCGCCCAUCUCAUUUUCACGGCCUACACCUCCUCCCAUUAAUAUCCCAAUGGGACAGCCGGUGCCACAGCGAACGGCUUCUGGUUCCUCACAGGGACCUCCCGGUGCACGUAGGGCGGUGUCCACGAGCGCCAUCGAGACUCCGACAUCAGCCAGGUCUCGAUCAACAUCGCAGACAAGAUGGGAGCCCGGCAUGCCACUUCCGCCUCCGCCACCCGGCCCACCGCCAGCUUCAUCCAGAUCACAGAGCGUACAAAGUACCAGCAGGACGAGUGAACCGAUGGUCUCGCCACCGACAAGGCGCCCUCCGCCUAGCAACGGCUCCGCGCUCGGCCCUGUUCCCCCGACACCUGCUGACUGGAUCGAUCAAGACGCCCAGCAAGCGACCCCCACACCUUCGCGGGGCAGGGCUGCUGGCCUGACGAUUGAUACCACCCAGCCUGCCUCUUCGAGUCAGGUCACCGAAUUGACAAGCUCCGCCAGUCUUAGUCGUGCUGGUGCUGUGCGUCUCGACAAGACCAUCGUUCAGAGGCGAGCCGAGAGCCGGACGAGACAACACGAGUCUAUGGACGGCAUCCUACAACCAAUGCAAUUGACCGAUAUUGUGGUCCCGAGUGCCACUACCUUGUCCCGACGACGGACCAUUAACAAGUCUACCCCGAGGAGCGGAGGCAGAACCAUGCAGGACACGCCCCAGACUGGGGGGAGCGACUCUCAACGAGACCUGUUGAGUCUUACACCCAAAGCUCUAGGGUCUGCACAAGGGACUGGUCGGGACAUGGCAACACCCCCUUUUUCACCGCUGUCCCGGGAAAGCCCCCGCCACAGAUCCUCGAGGUGUUGCGCCGAAAGCACUCCCAACGCCGCUGCUUCACAGUCGCUCGGCUUCAGCCUCUCAGAUUCGAGGCGGCAGAUCAGGCUCCUUGGGUCGGGCUGCGGUGACGCCCUCCGACAGCGCCCCAUCUUCAUCAACAACGGUGCCCAAAACUGUGGUCGUGCUUUUGCGGCCAGCGAAGCCGCUGCCACGUCCGAUGGAGACCGAGUCCGGCUUUUUGCAGACUUUAUCGUCAGCGAGUCAAGGAUUCGUCGCGAGCGAUAUGCUUCGGCGAUAGGGGCUAUGGGGUCUGAGAUAUUUGAUCUGACGAGGGAUCUCUUCCGGCCCAUGGCGGCCAGGCGAGAAUCCGGGAUCUAUCCAGGCCAGAGCCAAUUCACGCCACUGUCAUCUCAGCCCUCUCGAUCACACCGCGGGUCCAUUGACUCUGCGUACCGAGACAUCGCUGGGCAGUCGAGCUCAGCACCGACAUCUGCCAAUACACCAAGCUCGCCCUUGGCUGGUCCACCAAACAAUGGCACAUGGACGUCCAACUACAUGCCUUCUCUUUCUCCUAUUCUGAGCCUCAGCGUCAGUGGGAAUGGGGACGGUAGCUCUCGAGGCCGGCCUCCCAGCAGAUGGUGGGAAUCAGACUCGGCAGGAACUGGUGGUCAUUUGAUGGAGAGGUCCAAACGCGAAUCGAAGUACAUGGGCAUGCCAAAAGAAGCCCGCGAGGCUCUGCAAUGGGGAGACAGUCCGGUUCAAGACGAACUGCACACGGGCAUCAGUGAGCCUGAUUUUUCGGCAGGCUAUCCGCCCGAGAAGACGGGUUGGCAUGACCAGGAGUCAGCCCUGACUCCCCAGCCCGUUGGCAUUCGCAGUUCCACGCAGUCCCUCACCUCGUCGGCCUCGCCAACGACCCCAGGUCCAGCACAAUUGGAUAUUUCUCGUCUUGUGACUCUGCCUCCUCCGUAUCCUCGCCACCACCCGGCCAUCAGCGAUCUUUCCGAAAUCGAACAUGCUAGGGCGCGAUACCAGCAAACGAGCCGCAAGAAGCGGGAAGAGGCCACCAAAGCUGCUUCGGAGCGACGAUCGGCUCUGCGCAGUAACCUUCAACAAGAAAUCAACUCGGGCAACAUGUCCUUUGCAGAGGCUUCCGCGAUUGAACAAGAUUCGAACGAGAGCGAAAGAGAGGGAAUCAAGGACCUGGAAAAGGCCGACUUUGAACAUUUCCAGAGCCAAGUCGUGAUCCCUCUGAACGAACUCCUCACUGGCCGCAUCACCAAGGCGAACGCGCUCUUCGACGGGCUCGCCAGUCGGCUGUUUGACGACGUGGAAAGCGCAGCGGACAUGCCGCAGGAGGAGGGAGACGACAAGCCGGAACUCCUGGAGAAGUUGACGCUGCUGAAAUGGAUUUUUGAGGCAAGCGAGGUUCUGCAUCGGGCCAACUACGACUUGCUGUCGGACCGCAACGACCGGUACCGCGAUGUUGUCGUCACGCCGUACCGGCUUGCGAAUAACCAGGAAAAGGUACGGUCCGCCGAGGCCUUCUUCGCCGAGGAUGCGGCGAAACGACAGCUGGCCUUUGCCAACGAGGUCCUCGAGAGGACGCGGACGUUUCAGAACGUCAUGGAGCAGAACGUCGUGCGCGGCGUCGAGGUACAGCUGUCGGCGUUCUGGGACAUUGCGCCCCCACUCAGCCGGCUGCUCGACAAGGUGCCGGGAGACCUCAGCGGAGGAGGGUUCCGGGUGCAGAUUCCGGCGCAGGAGUACCAGGAGAACCCGACGUAUCACCAGCACCCGUUGCAGUACCUCUUUAGCCUUGUGCUGCACGCCGAGAAGAGCACGUACCAGUUCAUCGAGUCGCAGACCAACCUGCUCUGCCUGCUGCACGAGGUCAAGGAGGCGACGGCGCACGCACAUGCCAAGGUGGUGCAGAACGAGGAGGGCGGCGAGCGGGCGGACGCGCUGCGCCAGGAGGAGGAGAAGAGGCUGACGGAAGACCUCAAGGAGAAGGUGCGCGUCGUCCAGGACCAGUGGCACAGCGCACUGGGCGAGGGCGUCAAGGGCGUAAAGCAGACUGUGGGCGAGUGGCUCUUGCAGACGGGCGGUUGGGACGAGACGCUUGAGGAUGGCGGCACGUGGUUCAGGCUCGACCCCUGUGGCCGCCGUUCCACUGAUCAUGCUAGUGCUAUUUCUUACCAGCUCCUGCCAUCUCGUUUAGAUCCAUGCCGACCUCCUCGCCGUCAGCCGGACGCGCUCCUCCUCGUCCAUGCCCAUGCCGGGGUUGUAGCGCUCGAGCAGCGUGGCGUAGACGCGCUGGGCGCGCAGGUAGUCGAGGAACUGCACGGCCUCGGUGGCGGCGUUGGGGUGAGCGGCGGCGGGUUCGGCGAAGCUGCUGCGGAUGCGGACGUGGAUGGGCGAUCGGUUGCGGGCGAGGAUGGGGCGGGGCGGGAGCUCGCGCAGGAGGCUGCGGUAGAGGGAGCGCAGGGUGGCGGUGUUGGAGGCCAUGGCGGUGAUCUUUGUGGCUCUCUCUUUGUCCAAGACUUCUGGGUUCGGCGUUGA